AUGCCAUCGCUGACGACUGUUUCAGCUGUUUUUUUUCUGCUUUUCGCUACCGUUCACUCGAGCACAGAAAUCUCUGCUUCCUGUCAAAAUUUUAACACCGAUCUCAAGAAAACCUCUUGCAAGCAACGCUAUUUUCUUUUCAUCUUGCCAAUGAUCAGUAACAAAGAUUGGGGAUCGGAAGCUCAGAGACAUCUAAACUUUACUCGGCAAAUUUUGACUCCUUGUUAUGCGUUGGAGCCGCAACCACCAGUGUAUCGAGAUCCGGGAAACAGUCUGGUUGCUUUUCCGAGUGCAAAUUUCAUAAGCACGCCAAUUGCAAAGACUUUUGAUCAUAUUAUGAAACAGAAAAAGCUCAAUGAUGAUGGACCAUGGGAAUAUCAAGUGAUUGACAGAGAUCACACGAGACUGGCUGACAUUGCAAAGCUUUUCGAUGAUGUCAUUUAUCAAAUGCAACGCGUUGAUUCGUACCAAGGAGCAAUUAUCAUGCUGCACAGUGGCGACCCUGGCUAUUGGACACGUAUUGUGGAUCCCCAAAACGCGACCGACUAUUUGCACUCGUGGGCAAAGCAGUUCCAGAGAAAUGAGAUUCUUGGAAAAUUGAUCUUUACAAAGGAUUUGGUGCUCGAGAAUUGGAUAAUUAAUGGAUUGAACUGGUUGCGAAAUGAAACGAAAGGAUGGUUUGAUUGGGUAUAUUUUGAAAGAUUU